AUGCCAACCGCAACACUCGCAUCGCAAUAUGCCAUCACCAACAUCGGCCCCCUAACGACCGUAUUUACGGUACCAACAGCUUGCGCAACUCGUUCGCCUGAUCUUUGGCUCGCCGAUCAAGAUAGGUUUGUCACCGAUCGCGUCGCCGUCCACUAUAAACAAUCAUGUGGUAUUGCCAGCCAGGGCACAUGUAUUCCUUCAGGCCAAAAGAUGGACGCGGCGUACUCCUCGGCCAGUAUCAAAGGGAAUUCUGUCUUACCUACGAUCGCCUACUUCUCUCCGGCUAGUCUGUGUCCUGAUGCGUACACCACUGUUGGAUCGGCCUUCAGGGGCGAUGAUGGAAAUAUCACGUCUUCUGGAGUCUUCGCGCCACCUGUUGUCCCGAAGACCGUCUUUGGAGGGGGUACACUAGGGCAAAGUCCGCGAUUAAGUGUGUUGAUGGAGGUGCUUGAAGAAGGCGAGACGGCUGUUCUAUGCUGUCCUGAGAGAUACAUCGUUGGCAAAAACGGUGGCUGUUUCUCAUCCGUUCAAGACUCGGUGUACGGCGAGAAGACCGCUUGCCCAGUAGCUUCAAAGAACGGUGAUUUCGGCGCUUUCAUGCGGGCCAUCACCUACAACGGUACAGCUGUCACGACUGGCAGCUUUGUGUCCUUCGGGCCAAUCAGUCGACCCUCGACGAAUAUAGUACCUUCGAUCACAGAGACCAUCGAGCUCAAGCCCACAGUAGCUCCUAACACGGAAGAUGUCCCUUCCACUCCGAAGCCGUCUCCGGUCCCCGAAAGCGAGCCCCCUGCCCCCUCAGUUCCCUCAGUCAUAGAAACGCGGCCCGUCAUAGAGACUACAGAUCUCGAGCUCGCACCAGCUUCCACCACGGAUGGUGCCUCCUCCACUGCAACGUUGUCUCCGGUGACCGAAGGCGAACUUCCCGUGUCCUCCGUGUCUCCAAUCACGGAAACACCAAGCAUCAGAACCAAACUUUCUGAUCCAUCGUUGUCAUCUAUCGCCGAGAGCAUAGAGAGCGCGUCGUCCGUCGCCCCAACAUCUUCGGUCACGGAUGACGUGUUUGCCGUCGCGUACAAGCCGGCGGUCACAAUGGUUUACAACCGUAAUGGUGAGGGAGCGGGUAGCGGUGGCGGCGACGCUACGGCAACGGAGACCGCAUCCAAUGCGGCAUGUAGAAUGAGGAUGACUACUGCGGGAGGUAGUGCUGGGAUUUUGGCUAUGGUGUGGACUCUGGCAGCCUUAGCUGGUUUUGCGAUUGCUUUGCCUCAUUAG